CAAUUUUUUAUCUACUACGCGAUACCUAAAGUUUCACGUGUAUUGUGCUAUUAUAUUAUUGCAAUAGUUUAAUAAUUAGAAAAAUAUAUGAAUAAAUUUUUUUAGACUUUAAAUUACAAAUAUGAAGCAUAAAAGGUUUGAAGAAAAUAUACUGGUGGAUGAGGCGUACACAGACUACGGUAAACCAGACAAAAAUGCCGAUGUAAAAAAGAGCCAAGGUAUUGCGAAGAAUUUCGCAGAAACUCUAGAAUAUGAGGAGAAGAAGAAAUGGUAUCAUCAGAUGCCCGAGGAACCAAAUGUUACUACAAAAACAAUAUCAACAGAGCAGGUGGAACAGUUGAGAAAAGAGGCAAACAGUGCACUCCAUGGGGAUACCAUGGCAUAUGAAACCAAAACAAACAGAAGUGGUUCAUCUGAUCACCAGUGGGCUAAGACUCUGCUGAACAAGGGCGCGAUAGGAGAUAGGGUUGCCGCUGCCACUAUAUUAAUACAAGACAAUCCGAUAUACAAUUUGACAGCGUUAAGGAAUUUAAUAAACAGCGUGAAGCCGGCUAAGAAAAAGGACGGCAUUAUUAUCAUUGAUGCACUGUCCGAGCUGCUCGUAUCUGAGCUGCUUAUACCAAAUGUGAAGUUACGCACCUUUGAGCAACACCCCCUGGGUCAUAUUGAUGAGUUGACCUCUGGCAAUAAGCAAGCCAAGAGGAACAUACUGAAGCUGUGGUACUACGAAGAUCAGCUGAAAGAACUGUAUGGAACUUAUGUGGAGGCGCUCAACAAAUUUGCCCACGAUUCAGUGGAAGCGAACAAGGAGAAAGCCGUGAGUGCUAUGUCAUAUCUCCUGAUGCAUCAUCCAGAGCGAGAGAAGAUGCUACUAAACAACAUUGUAAACAAAUUGGGCGACCCGUCUCAGUCGGUAUCGUCGAAAGUGAUAUACCAUCUCUGUCAAUUGCUGUACAAUCAUCCCAACAUGAAGGCAGUGGUGCUGGCAGAAAUAGAGAAAAUGCUCUUCAGGUCGAAUAUAUCUCCACGGGCGCAGUACUACGGCGUUUGCUUCCUGAACCAGUUCUUUCUCGGCAAAGAUGACUCCAAGAUCGCCGAGAACCUCAUCAGGAUAUACUUCUCAUUUUUCAAAGCAUCCAUAAAGAAGGGCGAGAUAGACUCGCGUCUAAUGUCGGCCAUAUUGACCGGCGUCAAGCGGGCGUACCCGUUCGCGGACAAGGACCGCCUGGCGGAGACCCCGGAACACAUAAAUGCAAUACACAAGCUCGUCCACCUGGCCAGCCUGAACAUUGCAAUACACUCGCUGGCACUGCUCUUCCAUAUCAGUGACGCCAGCAAGGGGACCUCGGAUCGCUACUACACCGCCCUCUACCGUAAACUUACAAACCCGAACAUCUUCAGCACCACGCAUUCCGCCCUCCUGUUCUCACUGGUCUACAAAUCUGUGAGACAAGACAAAAAUAUUGACCGCGUCACCGCUUUCAUAAAGCGCAUGCUGCAACUCAGCAGCUACAUGAAUCCGGCUCAAGCUUGCGGCAUGCUGUUCUUGAUUUCCCAAGUGCUGAAAGAUGGAAAGAAGAGUGCUGCCGCUUCUAGCAUGUUGCAGUGGACCAAGAAAGAAGUUAAAGAGGAAGUGAAGACAGAAUCUGAGCUAGAUACAGAACAGAACGAUAUAGAAGAUGAAAACGAAGGCGUCAAAGAAGAUAGUGUGACAGAAGUGAACGACACAAUAGAAGAAGAUGAAGUAAAAGUGGAACAGAAGAAAGUUGAUCUUCUGCACGGGGAUAAGAAAGAUCUUUUGAUGGAAGACGAUGAAGAAACCUAUGUAGAUUUAAAAAUUGAUGAACAAGGGAAUGUGAAGCCGAAGAAACGCAAGCACUCAGCAGUGGCCAGUUGGUACCACGCCAGAGUGAAGGUUGAGGGUCAGGAGGAAGACAAGAAUAAAGAGAAGGAAGCACAGAUACAGCUCAAGCGAACCGUUAACAUGGAUAAGAUAAUAAUGGAGUACAACCCCCACGCUCGGAAUCCAACGUUCGCCGGUGCCAACUGCACGGCGUAUAUGGAACUGGUGGCGCUGGCGAGACACUUCCACCCAACCGUGAAACUGUUCAGUGAGAGGAUACUAAAUGAACAAAUAAUUCAGUACAGCGGCGAUCCGCUGAAAGAUUUCUCCGGCAUUCGCUUUUUGGAUCGCUUCGUGUUCAAGAACCCUAAGAAACGAGCGGAGAACGAUGACGAUGCGGAUUUAAAAAGGGUCAAGGGGUCCCACCCGAAGUUUGCUGUUAGGAAAAAUUAUUCCGCCAAAGGUCUGCGCGGUAUACCUAUAAGUUCAACGACCUAUUUGAACGAGGAUGUCUCCAAGAUACCAGUUGAUGAAAGGUUCCUUUACGAUUUCCUGAAGAUGCGCCGUGAGGAACGAGGGUCUGAUGAUGAUGACAGUGACAAGGAUUCGGUGACCAGCGAAGACUUCGAGCAGUACCUCGACUCUAUGACUGGGAAAUCACAAGUUGAAUCCGACGAGGAAUUAGACUACCUCGCAGACAUGCAAGCAACUAGACAUCAGAAAAAAUCGAAGAAGCAAAACGACGGUGAUGAUGACCAGUUCGGCAGUGAUGACGAUGAUGAAGGUGAUGAACCUGACGACGGUGGUGAUGAGGUUGAUGAUGAAGGUAGUGAUGGUGAAUUAAAUAUAUCGGCUGAUGAGGAUGAACCAGAUCUAUCAGGGGAUGAAGAUGAAUUACUUCUGGAGAAUAGUGACGACGAUGACCAUAUUGAUGUUCCUGGAAAGAAAUCGAAGAAAAAAAUGAAGCUGAAAUUAAAAGGUGGUGAUGACUUGGGAUCCCUGUUUGCAUCAGCUGAAGAGUUCUCCACGCUUCUAGAAGAUACUGCAACUAAUAAAAAACAAGGCUCCAGUCAUGCUGUCGCAAACACAGACAACGCCAGUACAAAGCAACUAGCUUGGGAAGAAAAACGCGAUCGAUGGAUAAAAGGCUAUAAUAGGAAUAUUCUCGGUCAUAAAAAAGGCAACAAAGGAAAAAAAUUCAACAGGAACAAGCAAAAUGGCGGCAAGAACAAAUUGGCGCCACAAACUGGCGGGAAAAGGAAGGGCGGGAAUGCAAGUGGUGCUGGUGGAAAAAGAAAAAAGUUUAAAUAAUACUUAAAUACUUACAUUAUAUAAAUGUAUUUAAUAAAUCUUAA